AUGCACUUCUACGCCGUUGCCAUCAUCGCUGUUGCCUGCGCUGCCCCUGUGAUGGGCAAUUCCGAAACAACCAUCCGAGCUUUUGGCGAUGUGGACAAGGGCUCCCUCAAAUAUUGUUUGAGCGUAUACCGUAGCAACAACUGGGAUGGUGGGGAUUGCGGAGGCCGUGGUUGGUUCAAGGGCCACCUCAGCACUUACCACAGUCCUGAGAACUGCUACGACGCCUGCUCGCAAGGCAUCCGAUCUGCCAUCGACCAAGGGGCGUCCGACGUCAUUUGCCACGACUAUGAGGGCUUGACCAACUGCUGGAUGGGUUACCACUAG